GGGUUGAGUACCUACCGAGGUAGGCCAUUCCUCAACACUUACUCGUACCAUAGGUUAUAACGCAAUCUGGCAUGUACUUUGUGUACACUCAUCCAAUAGUGCUGGCGCUAUGUACGGUGCAGUGGGCUUUAACUCGUCUAGGUUAAUAGUGAAGUGGGUUUUUCCGUCGUCCCGACUUCCUGGACAAAAGACGUUGGAGGAGAAAGCUCGAGCUGGAGUCUUACGAGAUAGGCGUUCCUCCUGUGGAGAAUGUUCGUUCGAUGGUGGGUGGAUGGUAUGUACUGUAUGUACUUUUUGUCUGACGUGCCGUCACAAUGGAGCAAUCAUUGCGUCCUCGCCUCUCUUUUCCACCACCCUUGUUGUAUACCCCCCUCCCAUUGACGAAUGGGAUGAGAUCCAUUGUGUAAGUAAGGAGGGGACCAUUGCGAUGUACAAUCCACAGGCGGGGUUACUCGGCGGUCUUUUUUUUUUUUACGGUGAUCCUACAGACACGAGUCAGUGCGGUGGGUUCUGUUGCUCAUUGAGUAAGUAAGGGUAGUGAGUAGUCGAGUAUUCUCGACAUCGGACGGGACGGGACGGGGGGGGUGGGAGGUGGAGGAUAGUCAAGGGUAGGGAGGGAGGUAAGGGUAGCUGUGGAUGCAAGUCAAGUCAUUUCGAACUAAUAUGUACAUCAUCAUGGGGUGGAGAAGUGGACAAACGAACAAACCAUCUCCCCUCCCUCAAGAAGCUUUGGUCAGGGUGGAUUUGGUGGAGUGGGGAUG